AUGAGACCCAGCUCGGGAGGGAGGUAUGAGUGGUUAGGGGAGCCCAGGAAAAUCACCCCCCAAAGGGAGAAGUGUGAUCCUCAGAACAGCUAUAAGUAUUGCUAUAAGAUUCCGGCCUUUGGGGGUGAAUACAACCGGCCAGUAGCAGGGGUUUACCAGUGGCCCCAACAGUUAGGACUGCGAGGCAACCCCAUGCUGAACCAGGCGAAAGGUUUCAAUAGUGGAGCCUUAAGGAGGAAAAUAGCAAGUGAGGACGUCAUAUGGCAGGAUGUAGUGGAUGCCGUGCUGAAAGAUGCUAUAGAGAGUAGUAACAAUAAGAAGAAUAAUGCAACAGAGGACAGCUAUGUGGGGAGGACCGAGACGAGAUUUUGGAAGAGUUUCAUAAACCAAGCCUAUGGAGGACCGUGUGAUAGAUCAGCCGACUGUCAGCCCCUGUUAGGGUUCAUUGGUUGCAUCAUAUCCUGGAUCUGGAGCCAAGGGUCAGGAUUAAUCAAAACAGACGAGCAGGUGUGGAGAGGAUGUGAGAGAAUAAGACAAGAAAUGAAGAAACAGCAGGAAGAUGUCGUAAUAAUAGGGAAUGGCAGCUGGACACGGCUGCAAAGAUCAGGCCAAGUAUGUCAAGGCAACAAUAACUUCAGCAAAUGUAGUGUGGAAUUCAUAAGUCUAAUAGUGACAGUGGCUAGUUCUCUCAAGAAGUUAUGUCCCACCUGUCCUCAGGUGGGUUUAGACGAUCUAUUCGGGGACAAGAUAAAAUAUGGGAGCAACAAGUGUUUCAAGUGCCCACCGAACAGCAACAGGUAUGAGUUCUGCGUGGCAGUCAAAGAAUGUCCGGAGGAGGAGCCGUCAGAUGGAACAAUUUGCAGCUGUGAUCCGUCCCAACUGAAAGAUCACGUAACUGAUGGACAACGAACGGCCACGGAAAAGCCAGGCCAAGGAGGGGCCACGAAUUCUGAGCCCGACGACAGGACGCCAGAGGAAAGAAAACCCCCCUCAGCCAUAGAAGAGCCCAAAGGAGGACUCGGCAGGGGCCAUCAGGAUCAUGGCGUUAACGAACCUGUAGUCAGGGCAGACUUGGCGUCCCAGGCCAUAGGAGGCGAACCAACACUGAAGGGAGAAGGAGACACAGACCCCCCCAGGGCAGAAACAGCUGAACAGGAGAUCGAGAGUCAUCACUCCCCCGAGGGACAGGAUAAGUUGACCGAGGGCCCCUUGGGGAAUAGGAACGGGGGGGGGAGUUCCAAGGUUAACCCCAGCGAACUAGGCGAGCCACUAUCAGCAGGCAACGCAACAAAUAGGCCGGAAGUGGAGGAGCAGGAGGGAAGUCAUCCCCAGGGGCCGCAGGGCAGUAUGGUGGGUGGAAUAAUUGGGAGUGUGGGAGUUGCUGUAAUGUUUAUCAUGAGUGCUUAUGGAGUUUAUCGGAUAUAUGGGAAAAGGCGCAGACGACAAAAUCCCAUGACAAGCCACCCCCAGAGGAGGAAAGUAGCCUAUGGGGCCAGGUAG